AUGGAACCCUUCCUCCGCGACUGGGCGAAAAGUGCUGGCGAACGCAACGAACACGUGACACAAAUAUACGUCCUCGACAAACUCUACGCCAUCACCAACAAACACGACCACCUCCUCGACCUCGCCAACGCCCACUUCCAAGCCCAGCAAUACACCCGCGCCCUCUCCCUCGUCACGCGAUCAGAACUCCACCACCGCCUCCCCGCCGCCAAGCACCUCGCCGCCUACUGCUACAUCAAGCAGAACCGACACGACGAUGCGCUGGGCGUACUCGGCGAAAAGAACCCCUCACACCUCUUCACCAGCCUUGACGCGUCACGACGGAAACUGCAAGCCCUAAACAGCAACAGCAGCCUCACGAGUAAAGGCCAUGGCAAAGCAAAAGCCUCCACCAGACUAGAACGGGCGGACCGAAGCGAAGAGCGGGACUUCCAGGACAAGAGCAGCAUCAAAUACGAGGCGGCGAUGUGCUACCUCCGUGGUCUAUGCUACGCCAAGCAGAACGCUUUCGAGCGAGCGAAGGACUGUUACAAGGACGCCGUGAGGAUAGACGUCCAGUGCUUUGAAGCCUUUGACCAAUUGAUGAAGAAUUCGCUCAUGAGCCCUGGAGAGGAGUGGGCAUUUCUGGAGAGUCUGAAUUUCGAGAGCAUCCAGCUCGAAACCGGCGAAGGCGAUGGUGCGCAGGAAGCCGCCGGUUUCGUCCGCAACCUCUACAUCACCCGCCUAUCCAAAUACGGCCGCCUAGAUGACUUCUCCACCGCCCUCGACACCCUCUCAACCCACUACCACCUGGCCGAGAACCCCGACAUCCUCCUCGCAAGAGCAGACAUGCUCUUCGCCUCCUCUCGCUUCGAGCCCGCCUUACAUCUAACCUCCGCCAUCCUCUCCCACGACCCCUACAAUUUCGCCUGCCUCCCGACCCACCUCUCCCUCCUCUACCAACUCCACCACACCACCACCUUAUUCGCCCUCUCCCACGACCUAGCCGAUACUCACCCCAGCGAACCGUGCACCUGGCUCGCAGUAGGGACCUACUACCUCGCCACCUCCCGCAUCCCCGAAGCCCGCUCCUACUUCUCCAAAGCCUCGCUCAUGGAUCCCCAUUUUGGGCCGGCCUGGAUCGGCUUCGCGCACACUUUCGCCGCGGAAGGGGAAGGUGACCAAGCUAUAGCAGCCUACAGCACCGCUGCUCGAUUAUUCCAGGGAACGCAUCUCCCCCAGCUCUUCCUCGGGAUGCAGGAGAUGGCGCUGGAGAACCUGGCGAUUGCGAGGGAGUAUUUGACCGCUGCUUAUGAGCUUUGUAAAACCGACCCGUUACUCAUCAACGAGAUCGGGGUCUGUUCUUACAAAGAAGGGGAUCUGGACUCCGCAAUCCGGUCGUUUGAUCUCGCGCUCAGGCUUGCGGAGGAUUGUGAGGCGCCGCCGCAACAAUAUCGGGAUGUCCGACUCAAUCUCGCGCAUGCAUUGCGGAGAGCAGGCCGGCUCCAAGAGAGUCUGGUGCAGUUUGAUGAGGUGAUUAGAUUGGGUUUGAGGGACUGUGGCGUUUUCGCCUCGAAGGGGCUGGUUCUUUUGGAGUUGGAGCGGGUUUUCGAGGCGACGGUGGCGUUGCAUGAGGGGUUGGCGCUUUCGCCGCAGGAUCCGCUGGCGAGUGAGUUGUUGGGGAAGGCGUUAGGGUUGUUGGAGGGGGAGGGGGUGUUGGGUGGGCAGGAUGAGGAGGCUGUUGAUGCUGGGUUGCUUGGGAAGGUGGAGGGGAUUAGGAGGGUGAGGGCUGCUGGUGGGGAGAGGGGUGGGAGACGGAAGAGAGGUGCGAGGGUGGAGGGGGGAAGGGAUGAGGGGAUGGAGGUUGAUGGGGGGUAG